CUUCACUCCUCCCUUCCUCUUUUCCCCGCUAUCUCUCUCUCUCUCUCCCUCUUGUUCUUAUGCUCUCUCUGUCGCCUUCAUGCAGUGCCGUCCUCUAAAACUAUUACGCUCCCCCUCUCUUGUUCUUUCUCUCUCUCAGCCCUCCUACUCUCUUUCCUCUCUGUUAUUUCUUGCGACCUUGCCGUCUACUAGACCCGUGGAAAAUGUGAUUGGAGGGCGGGGGAGUCGGCGAUUGUCGGGCUUCAGGCACCAUGAAUGUGUGUAACAGUACUGAUUUGCCAGAGCUUGAGAUCAUCAGCUUAUUGGAGGAGCAGCUGCCAGUCUACAAGCUGAGGGCUGACACCAUCUUCGGCUACGACCAAGAUGACUGGCUGCACACGCCACUGGUGGCCCCCGACUCCGCCCUCGAACUAACCACUGAACAGAUAGAGGAGACCCUCAAAUACUUCUUGUUGUGUGCUGACAGAGUGGGCCAGAUGACGAAGACCUACAGCGACAUUGACGCUGUCACUCGACUGCUGGAAGAGAAAGAGCGUGAUCUGGAGUUAGCGGCACGUAUCGGACAGUCGCUGCUGAAGAAAAACAAAGCCCUCAGUGAGAGAAACGAGCUGCUGGAGGAGCAAGUAGAGCACAUGCGAGAGGAGGUGUCUCAGCUGCGGCACGACCUGUCCAUGAAAGAUGAGCUGUUACAGUUCUAUGCCAGCGCUGCCGAGGAGAGCGAGGGAGAGUCGACCACCUCCACACCUGUGCAUCCCACUGAAACCACUGUUCCUACUCCAACAUUUUUCCCCCUGGACUCCCUGCAGAAGAAACUCAAAGAUCUGGAGGAGGAAAACAAAUCGUUGCGAUCUGAGGCCAAUCAUUUGGAGAUAGAAACCAUCUCCUACGAGGAGAAGGAGCAACAACUUGUCAAUGACUGUGUCAAAGAACUACGUAAUGCCAACCUGCAGAUGUCCUCUCUGGCCGAAGAUCUGGCCAGGAAGUCUGAAGACGCCUCCAGACAGCAGGAAGAGAUCACACACCUCCUCUCCCAGAUAGUAGACCUCCAGAAGAAGGCCAAGACGUAUGCUGUGGAGAACGAAGAGCUGACUCAGCACUUGGGAGCAGCCAAAGAUGCCCAGCGACAACUCACUGCUGAGCUGCAGGAGUUACACGAUAAGUAUGCAGAGUGUAUGGAAAUGCUCCACGAAGCUCAGGAGGAACUGAAGAACCUGAGGAAUAAAAAUCUACCGCUCAACACACAGAGGCGGUUCCACUCUCUGGGAUUGUUCGCUAUGGACUCUCUGGCAGCAGAAAUCGAGGGCACCAUGAGGAAAGAACUUCAGAUGGAUGAUCCAGACGUAGAAGAGCAGAGACUGCAGCCGAAGCGUGUGUUCCAGACAGUGAAGAACCUCAACAUAAUGCGUCAGCAGCGUUCAUCGCAAGCCCCCUCCCCGCACAACAUCCCGGGAUCCAAUCAGACGUCGUGCUUGACCUCGGGCCGCUCCAGCAGGGAGGGCACACCCAACUCCAACUCCAUUUACGGUAGCGAGACAGGAAGUGGGAUCAUCCUGGACAACAGGACUAGCAGUAUCCUGGAGGGUCCAGAUGACGGGCUGGAGGACUCGAACAGGCGCCCCCCUGGCACCCCAGGGACCCCAGGCAGCAGGGACCUGCAGGCGGUCCUGCGGCGUCUGUCGCUCCGCCGUGACAACUACUUCUCAGAAAAACGUUACUUAGAAGAGGAGAGGGAGAGAAAGCUGGCCUACCUGUCCAAAGAGGAUGAGAAAGGAGGUGGGGAGAGUAGCGGAGGCCCAGGGACCCCAACUGAAAGCCUGCUGUCCAUGUGCUCGCAUCCCUCCAUUGGAAGUGUCUGGUCGGGAUACUCAUUCACGACAAGAUCCUACCUGCCGGAGAAGUUGCAGAUCGUAAAACCGCUAGAAGGCUCCGCUACACUCCAUGCGUGGCAGCAGCUGGCUCAACCCCACAUGGGCGCUGUGCUGGACGAUCGGCCUGGUGUGGUCACGAAGGGCUUCCGCACUUUAGCACACGAGCAGGGACAGGAAGACCGGUGGGAGCUGGACCAACCAGAAGAGGACGAGGUCCUGUGUGACUCCUUUUUUGGCAUGUCCGAAGAAAGGGCCGCUCCUUUGGAUCUGCCGUGCUUUACCUCUACUCCCUGCUGCAACAAAAAUAGCAACUUUGCUGACAAUAGCCAAUUAGAAACAUUGCACCCAGAAAUGUGUGGGGCGAAAGAAAGACUAGUUGGAGCCAUGCCCCUUUCCUUAUCCAGCCUCUCCUCUUCCUCCUCUCCUUUCCCCUCUUCUUCUGAGAUGAUGAACGGGCACGUGGUCCAGAAGGAGCUCCAGGCCUCACAGCCUGCCACAAUGGAUCGCAUGCCCGUUAAUUUCCCAGGGAAGUGUAUGUCCACCACUAGCUCCACCUACACCUUCACCACCUGCAGGAUUCUCCACCCAUCUGAUCAGCUGACCUCAGUGUCCCCAAGCCCAGCUAUAUCUUGUUACAGCAGCACUCGUGGCAGCACCCCUACUUCCUCCUCUUCUCCUAUACCCUUCUCUGCCCCAUCUACACCCUCCUACACCCCCUGCUGCACCCCACGGCGCCUCUCCCUGUCCCUCUCCUUGGCUGAGUCCUCCACCAACCUAAGGGACUCCACCAAGACCACCAGCACCUCUCUUGGCCUGGUGAACCUCCUGCUGGAGCAUGGGAUCUCUGCAUCGGUGUAUAACCCCCGGAGCUGGGACAGAGGAUUGGUUUCCAGUGGAGCUUCGAUACUCGAUGGAAGAGCGCCGGUGCAGCGGUGCACUGAUGCAACAGGGGAGGUUGAUGUCAGACAGAUGGGGAAACGCCCAGAGACCCUUCUCCUCCAGCCCUCCACCCCACCCAACUCCCCUCGCUCAAAAUCUGCUGCCACCCCCACCUCUUGCCCGGUAUUUCUGUUCAGUCCUUCCACUGAUGACCAUCCAUUCUAUGACACCUUCCUCGCCUCUAAACCAGCUCGUAACAUUCUGAGGGAAGUUCUGGCGGAGAUGGAGAGGGAGCAAGGGGGCCAGGCAGAUGACGACAGCCAAACAGAGAUACUGAACCUAUGCCUUGUGGACAAACUGAAAAGUUUCCUCACCCUCACAGCUGCAGCCUCAUCUGGAAAUCCUCUUAUAGCACCCUUUGGUUCCUCUGGCCUGGGGAACAGUGCUCUGGGUGGGGGGCUCCCAGGACUGAACGCAGGACUGAGGAGGAAUCGUAGCUAUCCUGCCAUGGUGGGGGCCAGUAUGGCUAUGAAGGACCCAGGAGGUCCCCCCAACACAGAGAUACUAACACCACACACAAUGCAAACCCCAAGUACACGACACUCACAAGACAUGGGCAAAAUACAAGAAACAGGCAAAAAACUAACAAAUCACACUCUGGCCUCAAAGCCCAUACACAUACCACAGACACUACAUGCACUGGAGACAGUCACACCACAGACAAUUAUACAGAGACACAGCAGGCCGACAUGCAAUGACCAACACAGUGAUGAUGAAACUGUGACAUAAAUAGGCAUUGUUCAUUGUAAUUACACAUAUAACUACAGACAAACUCACUUGUUCAUUACAUGACUACACUCACACGAACCAAAUAUCAUCCAUCACUACACAGACGUCCUUCAGCCAUGGAGCAAACAAGAUGAUGAACCACAGUUCCCUCACAAACUCAACUAAACAACAAGUCCUCAUUUCUAACCAGAUCACAUUUCAACAAAUUGAUUCAAGCCAUAGACUGUAUAUAAAGAUGUACGACAUGACUACUCUCCAAAAGUGAAGCCAAAGUGUCUCUAUCGCCACCUGGUUGCUGGCUGCUGGCUGACUCCUCCAUGUUAGUGGGUGGGACAUGAACCAUGAACGAACAAGUCAAAGUCUGUGUUUUAGGUGCUUCUUUUCACACCGAUGCUUGAUCAAGUGUUCAUUCUGGUCAUUUUUGUUUCAAUUUGUUAUUUCAUGCCAUAAAAAUGGAGUAAAAUAUCAUGAUUGGACUUGUCUCGCACAUCUGUGGCCCCAUCACUACUGCGCAGUGUCCGCCUCCAAAUGUGCUAAAUGGCAGUCUUUGUAUUUGUGAUAUUUUAUCUUCAUUUUUGGAUAGUGGGAGGAAGUGGAGAUGUAUCGUCCAUCUUUAUUUACGGUCUGUGAUCAACAUAAGCAGUGAAAUGGUGGUGGAUGAACCAGUAGUGGCUGAAACUGUUGCACUGUGUUAUACUCAUAAUGUCAGGAUAAUGAUGAUGCAGAAUGUUGCCUUCCGGUGGUCUUUGUACUCGUAUAUUGUUAAUGCAAUAUACUGUCAUAUAUAUAAUAUAUAUUUAUAUAUAUAAAGUAUCACAUUAAAGGCCCAUCUGGUAAAUAAAAAAAAGCUCUUUUUCCUCCUUAACCUUAAUGAGUCCUUUUUUGGAAUAAAGGCAGCAACAUGAAUUAAAAAUUUACUGUAUUUCUAUAACACAAAAAAAAGUACAAACAACAAUCGUGAUUUAUUUUUUUUGAUUUUUUGGCUUUUUCAGUUUUUUAAUCUGGCCUUAAUGAAAACACCAUCAGUCUAAGAAAAGAACUGAGAGACUUGUCACAAUGUCAACCAAAGAUAGGUCCGAAAAUAUCCUAAAAACAUUUUUGUCAUCUUAUAUUCGUGCCGCUAUGGUAUUUUGAAGCCAUUUUUGUGUUAAAUUAAGUUAAAUGAAAAUUAUAAAAUCACAUACAGUUGCAUUACAGAUUCAUUUCUACCAGCAGCUCAUUUUUUUAUCUGUGAGUAUGUGAUAUGUAAUUUGGAAAAACAAAACUCUCGAUUGGGGCUUUAAUGUGACUGAAUGUUCUUAUGUGCCUAAAAAGAGCUAACAUACUUUUUCUCAUUAAAGUACGUGUCUGCAUCCGUUUUAUUUGAUUAAUUUUAAUAUUUGCCUCUUGUUAGAUGACGUGCCGUUAAGAAAGCGAAUGAGGAUAAUUGUGCUUAUUAAUUUAAGGCGUCUAAACUUGCUGAGGGAGCUGCACACUUGUCAUUUAUGUUUGAUUACAUCAUUUUCCUCUUUUUUUUCUCCCAGUGAGUUUUGACAAAGCUUUUCCCAUUCAAUCAGAAACCAUGAAAACAUGUAGCACACAAACGGCAAUACAGAUCAGAUCCUGCUCUCCAUUUACCUUGAUAAAACUUAACUUUUUUGUUUCUCAUUUUGGGGCACCACCUGUCUUUGUAUACUUAUCUAGUCUGUGUAAGUUUUAGGAGGAUGUGAACGGCAGGACAUGGACACAAACAUGCCAAUAGAGCAAAAUGCUGAUGGGAUCUGAAAGAUCAGGAAGUAAACUCUGCUGCAGUCCGAACUGUAACUCAAUGCCAAAGUUACACCCAAGAUAAAAUGUGGGUUUGCAAGUUUGCUUGCUUGCAAAACAGAUUUUCAUCAUAGAUUCCCUUUAUUUCAUUACUGCUGGUGUAUGCAAUCAUGCAUUCAUUUUGUCAACCUCAAAUGUAAAGUGUAUGGUUGAAAUGUUAAGCACUACAUGGCAUCAGCGGACGUGUAUUUUUAUGAAUGUAACUGUAAGAAGAGUGACUCGAAGCAUGGUUUUAAGAAGCAGAGAUUUUAUCAAAUUUUGUUGCUGAAGGGAAAUGUUUGGUCCAGUUCCUGUGUCUAGCCUCAGGAUCAUCCAUCAGACAUUUUCUAAACUUUUUUAUAAUCUUGUUUGGAAGGAGAUAAAAAAAAACACUGGGACUGGGCCACUGGCUGCUUGUCUGGCUGAAUUAAAGGACGAAUGGCUGGUGCUCAGGCUGGCAGUGAUCUUUUCAAAUCCUAAAUGAUAAAGGGAUUCAACUUGCAAUGCGAGAUUAGCGCAAAUGAAAAAUAUAUUUAUUAAAAACUUGAAUUGUUAGAGACAAACAUAUUAUUGAAUAUCUAUUGUGUAUGUUACAUCUGUUUUGAUCUAUAUUUUCAACUGUCUCUGUCACAUUUUGACUCAUUUUUGAUUGGACAAUUUGUUGUUAUUGUUACAUGAUAAACAUUCAGUUAAAUUUGUCUUCAUAACAGCUAAAUAUUUGGGAGAAAAAUACAUCAGACAACAAUUUACAGUAUGUAACAAUGAUAUAGUGCUAAGACAGACGAGUGUGUGUGCUGUUUGUGUAUGUCACUUGAAUCAUCUGAAUGUAAGUUAUUACAAACUGUAAUCCUGCUGGUCUUUGUCUACAGUGUAUUGAUUUUUCUUUAUUAGUUUGUAUUAUCAGCAGAGAGGGAAUCUAUGCUUACAUUGUAAAUGUAUGCAACACAUUUAGCCAUGCUAACUAAUGUUUUUACUUAACUGUAGAGAAAUUGAGUUGUUUACUUUGAAUUAAGAGGGAAAGAUACUUUCUGUUCAGGGACUGAAGUGUUCUAUUCUACAGAAUAAGAAAAUAAAUGCUUAAACACCGACUUGUUUUUCAGGAAUUGAAUAGUUCUAUUCUACAGAACAGAUGUACUGUCAACAAGAAAAUAAAUAUAUAAACACUGA